GCUGUGCUGGCUAAAUCUCCAGCCUGACUAUAAGAUUAAAUAUGUGGAUAUAUGUUUAAAAGUAGAUGUAACUAGGAAUUUAUAACUGUGUCGGUGGUCGCACAAAGGUGAGUAUCAUCAGGUUGGAGGUGUUUUGUUGCUGGGGAAGACUGGACUCCUGCCUCGUCCCUGCAAGCAUCUCCUUCUGCUCUGAACAGACACACCCAAUCAGAAAAAUCUCUCCGUGCGUCGCUAGGCAGAUAGUUACAUCUACAACCAAUCGAAUUGGCCGGGCCAUGAACGGGCGCAGUGAGCUGAGACAGACCUAGUGACAGCGUCUGGGUCCCGAGGAAGAACAUCACGGAAUCUCCGUGUAGAAACAACUCUGAAACACAGUCAAGAUGCCGAACAAACCCAAGAAGGAAAAGGAAACGACCAAAUCUGCCAAAAGCAGCUCGAAGAACAGCAACACUGGCAGCAGCGGGAAAGAUGCUGCUGCAGAGAACUCAGAAGAGCAGCAGCAGAGCGGCAACAAGCGUCCCAGUAACAGCACGCCUCCCCCCACUCAGCUUAACAAGAUCAAGUACUCUGGAGGUCCUCAGCUGGUGAAGAAGGAGCGCCGCCAGAGCUCGUCCCGCUUCAGCCUGACCAAGAACCGAGAGCUGCAGAAGCUGCCUGCCCUCAAAGAUGCCCCUCCGAUGGAGCGGGAGGAGCUGUUUGUCCAGAAGCUGCGUCAGUGCUGCGUGCUCUUCGACUUCGUCAGCGAUCCGCUCAGCGACCUCAAAUAUAAGGAGGUGAAGAGAGCGGGACUCAAUGAGAUGGUCGAGUACAUCACACACAACAGUGACGUGGUGACCGAGUCCAUCUACCCUGAGGCCGUCAUCAUGUUUUCAGUGAACCUGUUCCGGACACUUCCUCCAUCCUCCAACCCCACUGGAGCAGAGUUUGACCCUGAGGAGGACGAACCUACGCUGGAGGCUGCCUGGCCUCACCUGCAGCUCGUCUAUGAGUUUUUCCUCCGUUUUCUGGAGUCUCCAGACUUCCAGCCAAACAUUGCCAAAAAAUACAUUGACCAAAAGUUUGUACUGUCGCUGCUGGAGCUGUUUGAUAGUGAGGACCCCAGAGAACGAGACUUCCUCAAGACCAUCCUCCACCGGAUCUACGGCAAGUUCCUGGGCCUCCGGGCCUACAUCCGCCGCCAGAUCAACAACAUCUUCUACAGAUUCAUCUAUGAGACAGAACAUCACAAUGGCAUUGCGGAGCUGCUGGAGAUCCUGGGGAGUAUCAUCAGUGGCUUUGCUCUACCACUGAAAGAGGAGCACAAGAUGUUUCUGAUCAGAGUUCUUCUUCCGCUCCACAAAGUCAAGUCUCUGAGCGUGUACCACCCCCAGCUGGCGUACUGUGUGGUCCAGUUCCUGGAGAAGGACAGCAGCCUGACAGAGCCGGUGAUCAUGGGUCUGCUGAAGUUCUGGCCUAAGACUCAUAGUCCAAAGGAGGUGAUGUUCCUGAAUGAGCUGGAGGAGAUCCUGGACGUCAUCGAGCCAUCUGAGUUUGUUAAAGUCCAGGAGCCACUCUUCAGACAGCUCGCCAAGUGCGUCUCCAGCCCGCACUUCCAGGUGGCAGAGCGAGCUCUGUAUUACUGGAACAACGAGUACAUCAUGAGUUUGAUCAGUGACAACGCUGCCAAGAUCCUCCCCAUCAUGUUCCCUGCGCUCUACAAGAACUCCAAGAGCCACUGGAACAAGACGAUCCACGGUCUGAUCUACAAUGCUCUGAAGCUCUUCAUGGAGAUGAACCAGAAGCUGUUUGAUGACUGCACACAGCAGUACAAGGCUGAGAAACAGAAAGAGAAGUACAAGCUGAAGGAGAGGGAGGAGGUCUGGCACAAGAUAGAAGAGCUGGCCAGGCAGAACCCACAGAGCCAUAAACUCCACCCCCUUCGCCCUGGACUCCACCCACAGGAGGAGUACAUGCUGUACAGUGACAGUACCAUGGCUAUGUACUCAAUGGAAACAGAGACGCCGACUGUCGAAGACAUCCAGCUGCUGAAAAAGACUGUGGAGAGUGAGGCCUCUCAGGGUCUGAAGGAUCUGAAGAAGGACAAAGUCCUAAUGAGGAGGAAGUCGGAGCUGCCACAGGACGUCUACACCAUCAAAGCUCUGGAGGCUCACAAGAGGGCUGAGGAGUACCUGACAGCCAAUCAGGAAGCUCUCUGACCAGGGGAGGUGGUCCCUUCUGAGCCUGACUCCAUCCCCUUCCUGUUCGUCUCUCUGGGGAGAAAGCUGUUGAGGAGAAACUGGUCUGGGGUCAGAUGAGGCGGAAGCUGACGUGUUCAAAGAAGAAGAAACCCUGGCGUAGAACUGUAGAAGCUCCGUCUGUUAAAGUGUGAGCACCUCUAUCUGCGCUUCACACACUGCUGCUGUUUGUCUCGACGUUACCACCACAUCAAUGCUGCCAGGUCCCUAAACAUAUCACCACCAGGCCUUUUCCACUACAGGAACUUCACCGCCGGUAGCCUGAGGGGGCCCAGUGUCUCUGGUUCUGCCUCUGCUUCCACUGGCUUUGUGAGUCAGUUUCAGCCUCCGUCCUCAAUGAAACCAGAGUCCACAGUGUGUAAAAGGUAAAGUGUGGCUUCACUGCUCGGUGACGGUCAGAGCUGUGUGAAAGGAAACGUCCCCUGUGAUCCGUCCCUUUAAAUGUGGACAUAUGUGAACAUGCUGCGUCGGCCGGAGUGAUGUUGAUUUGAUGAUAAAAUACAGAUGUUCUCAGCAGCAGUUUUUUGGGAAUGACUCAUUUUUAUUAUCGAUUAAUGUGAUGUUUACCACAAGACCGAGCAAAAGCAGCAUGUGUUCGAAACUAUGGUGAUGAAUCGACAUUUCAAACUGUUUUUAAUCUGACCGAUUGAUUCGGCUCCAGCUGCUGGUCGACAUGUUUGUCAGGUUAAUCUCUGUCGACCACCUGCUGUCAAUGUGGAUUUGUAACAUUCAGGUCAAAGGUCUGCACACACUGUGACAUCUGGGGUAGUGUUUGUCACACUUCUUGUACCCCAGUGGAACUGCAGAGCAGAACCUAGAUCCAGAACCUCACACGUCCCUAAAGGUCAAAGGUCAUGAAGUUCCUGUGGUGGAAGAGAGCUCCAAUGCUUCACCUCUGUCCCACAGCACCUGAAUGCAGCACUCCAGAGGCCCUGCCCCGACCAAUCCUCUGUCAACCUGGAUCUGUGGUGGACUCAAUGAAGCAGCGUUAGACGACUGAUGAUGAUGAUUAUGACGAGGAGACGUAGUGAAUGUAGACGUCCAGUCGGCAUCCAGGAGGAGCCCCGACAGAAGAAAGUUUGAACAUGCUUUAUUUUGGUUCUGUGUUUGGGUCAUUUCAUUUUGGUUUUUGUCGGCCGCUCACAGCACCAUGAUGUCAUCGAGUUUAAACCAAUGAGAGACGUUGUUUUCAUGAGCGUUUGGUGUUUUGUCUUUGUCCGCUGAAAAAGCCUGUGUUUGUGUGUGAACAUCUCGCUUCAACCAAACUUCAGAGAUGUAACUGUCACUCAUCAGGUCAAAGGUCAAUCUCAUACUGUAAAAGGUGGAGAAGGAGAAGAAGCUGCUUCCUCACAAUCAGUGUUUGUGGAAACAUUUUUGGAACUGGUGAGGUGACCAUUUUGACAUGUUUAAGACCCGACCCCCCUGUUUUUUACAGCUCACCGUUUCCACUGUGCAACCUUCUCUAGCGGCGAUGCCAGGCUCGUGCUCAGCUUGCAGUCUGUCGUCGUGUGCCAGGCAGACUUGCGCUCCCUGUCGGUGACGACGUGACGCCACAUUUCUCCUGUUUACCUUAUCAUCAUGGUGCCAGAUAAAAUCUUUUGCUUUGUAAAAUCCUGCAAGUAUUUAAACCUUUGCAAAAUAUCAGGUUUCUGCAGGAGGCAAAAGUCUUCAAGUCUGAAUUCACCUCGUUGAAAAGAAGAAUGUUUGAUAAAGGUUUAAAGUCCUGAACAUUGUUCUUUCUCGCAGUAGACAGUGACAGCAGUUUACACCAGUGGUAUUGGCAGUGAAAAGCUUAAAUUUAAUGUGGCAAGCACUGCAGAAACUCAGAAAAAGUACAAAAUCAACACUUUUGUGGCUUUUUUUUCUGCUAAUUCAACAAACUGCAGCAUCAAGACCUGUAAAAGUUUGGCCCCAACUGGACUUUGAAUCCACUGGCUUCACACUAAGGACAUUAUUCUGUGGUUUUUAAUCAAGUGUUUCAUGUACUUUUGUUUUUAUCCAUUUCUGUUUUCAGGUAGAAACUCUGUUCAACCUCUAAGGCCGUCAUGAAAGGCGGGACUUCUCUCACUUUGUGUCCGACUCGGUCCCAGCACUUUUUGGGUGUUUGCAGGUUUUCACAGUGGUGUGUGGUUUGGGUGAACUAUCCCUUUUUCUGCUUAGUGUACUCUUGGGUUGGUGCCCCUCAGCUGUUUGUCUGUGGUUGGUUUUUCUUCUUGAUGAACCAUAGCCAGACCAGUGCCGCUCAGAUCAGUUGUGACUCAGCUCCAUGUUAGUUUCUAUAUUUGGUCCAUGUUUUACAAGUAUCUGACGCCUGUCAGGACAAAAACACAGCAACACAAGAGUGUUGCCACCUUUGUUUCCAGACAUUUAAACCUAACGCAGAGGGAGUCGCCCCUCUCAACAUAUUUUAAGACAAACAAGAAACUGUAAUCAUCCAAUGUUGUGAGCUUCUGAAACGGACUUUCUUUAUAAUGACAAUCACUGUGAGCUCAGUCAUGAGGAUUGAACAAAUCUAUGCUUCUGAUUGAGUUACGCUCCACCCGUCUGUUUCCGAUACAUCUGCUAGAGCUCAAAGUGUAACCGAACUGAUUCUGAACCAAACCCCAAGAUAAUUUAUCCAAGUUUAACUAUUUCAGUAUUCCUUGUCUGAUGAUGUGACAGGACCUAAAAACCCCAAAUCUCAUCAGAUGGGACGCUGGAACAAAUCUGAGCUUCAACUUGCCAGAAGUUGAGCAGAAAAAAGACCAGCACAUAAACAUGUUUUAGGAGGUUCAGUACCAGGUUUCACAGAGCUAAGGAAACUUUAAUAAUCACUAGUUUUUUGAUGAAGUGAACAUAAAAUCUGAUGUUUUCACGUUAGAGUAAAGCACCUGAAGUCAAAUCACCUCUGGUCCCCUCCCUGCAGACUCCGGUUCCCACAAUCCUCUGCUAUGUCGGUUCUGUUUACAAAACAUCUGCACUGUAGUUCAGUUACAGGUGUCAAUUUGUGCCAUGAGAACUUUGUUACUGACAAUUAUUUUUAUGUAGUUAACAGACAAAAAUGAUUCAUUUGUUGCAUUUUAUGGAAAAAGUGAAUAUUUCCAAAUUCAGUGUCGUUACACAGCAGCAGACUAAAUAGUGUUCCAACUCUAGUAACUCGUUAUUUGCUUUCAUCUGAGCAUUGACCAGUUCAUCAACCUUUUAAAUAACAAAGCUUCUCUCUAAGGGAAGUGCUGCUCAACUAAACUUUACUGUUCUUGCAGUGCAGACGUGCGUGGAAACAAUCGCCUUUACUUUUACAGACGACAGAACAAAACGUGAAAAACGUGGCACUUUAUUCCUCAGAGUGCGAAGAGCUGGGCGGUUCUGCCUGCAGUUAUUGGUGUACAUGACUUGUGGCCACACCCCCUCCCGUUUACAGUUACACCCUCUUUUUUCUGUCAUAGCUCGCUGUGCUGUUUCUGGACAUCGUGGGCGUACCCUGUCAACAAUCUGUAACCAUUCCUCGCUCGCUGCUGGACAAAAUGGCCACCAAGCCUCGACAGUUAAACGUUUAUUUGAACUGGAAUGAGUUGCUGUCUCCAUACUGCCAGUUAAAGCCAAAUCAGGUUUUAAUCUGUGAGCAAGCUGUUGUAGUUAAGAACUGUUUAAUGAAAUGAUGUUUCUUAAGCGCACGUAGCUGCUGUGCUCAUGUAUUCAUCUGUGUACUUUCAUCUGUUCAGAAUGUCAAAUUGCAGGAUUUGAUAAGUAGCACAAAGUCAAAGAGAGCGAUUAGCUGCUCAACCAAACCUAAUGAAAAAUUCUUAUUUUAGCACUGAUUUAAAGAGAUGUUCCUGAUUCACACAGGGUCCAAGUACUCCUCACAAAUCAUCAGAUCUUAUCAAAUCUAGUCUGCAGAUGUUUGGAUUAGGGAAGAGUUGUAACUCACCGGUUAUUUGUCCAGCAGCGACACAAAGAUCAACCAUUCAGUUAAACAAAAUAAUCCGAGCCCUGACACAAAUGAUCCAGAUGCUGCUUCCUGUCAUCCUGUACAUAAGUUGUACUUUAAUUAGGUAGAGCAUUACACAAUAUGAAAGUGAUUUUGUACAGAUGUCCAUGUAUGUACAGAACAAAUAAAGCGGAAGUCUUGACGAUCA